AUGGGAUUCGUAUUUUCAAAAGUUUUUGGCAGAUUAUUUAGCAAGAAAGAUAUUAGAAUUUUGAUAUUAGGUCUUGAUAAUGCAGGAAAAACUACCAUAUUAAAUAAACUCCACUUAAAUGAUGUUGUUCAAACUAUUCCUACCAUAGGAUUCAACGUAGAAACAGUUACAUUCAAAAAUUUAAAGUUUUAAGUUUGGGAUUUAGGUGGUUAAAGUGGAAUUAGACCUUACUGGAGAUCUUAUUAUCCCAACACUAACGGCAUUAUUUACGUAGUAGAUUCAGUAGAUAAAGAUAGAUUGGAUACAACUAAGCAAGAACUUCUCUCUAUGUUACAAGAAGAAGAAUUAAAAGCUGUUCCCUUGAUGGUUUUGGCUAACAAAUAAGAUUUGGCUGGUGCAUAAAGCGAAGAAAAAAUUUCAGAAUUUAUGGGAUUAACAAAUAUUAAAGAUAGACAAUGGUCUAUUUUCAAGUGCUCUGCUUUAACAGGACAUGGUUUAAAUGAAGGAAUGGACUGGUUAGUCAAUGUAUUAGAAUCAUAAAAAUGA